UUUUUACGUUUGCGUACAGUACGACUGUAUGGCACGCGAGGGUGCGCGUGUGUUUGUGCUCUCUCUCUCAGCGAGGCUUCUCAUCCCCUGCAGCCGUCUGUUAUGGUCUUUCAGCAGGUGUCAGGACUGAGCUCUGUCUCCCCCCCCCCCUUUAAAGAGAUGAUCGGAGGAACAGCCAGCCAGUGAAGAGAGAGAAGCCAUGGAGACAUGCUCCAUCUCUGGGGUGAUUCCUCUCUGGCACCUCCUGCUGGUUGCUAUGGUUGCCUGCCCCACUUCCAGUGGCUCCGAGGGCGAACGGCAGGAGGGGCCGGGCGAGAUGCAGCUGUCCGUCACGGCCCAGGCCACUCCCACUCCGCUCUGGGCCGUGGACUGGGGCCCCACGCAGCUGCUGGAGGAUGAGACGCAUCACUUCCUGUCCAGUCAGGAAACGGAGGGCACGAAGGCGGCUACGGCCGAAGCGUGGUUGCGCCGUCACGACGCGCUGGCUACACAAACCCAGCAGCAGCCAUUAUCCAUCGAAGCCAGAGAUUCAGGCGUGGAACAAGAACAGGAGGCAGAAGAAAGAGAGGUUGAAGAAGUGGAUCCCCAGUUCUACGUGACCGUGACCAUCUCAUCUCUGCUGAUUCUCUUGGCGGUCAUCAUCUCAGCCAAACUCUGCUACGAUCGCAGCCUCUCACAACGUCCUCCCCCUCUCUCUCUCUCCGUCUCACGCUCCCUGGCCCAAGAGGACAGCAGGCAUGCACUACCCAGCAGCCCCUCCUUCCCUGACAGAGAGAGGUAGAGGAAUUCCGGUGGUCAACCUCUGAGAAGUCGACCGCACCAAGCUCGAUAAUCACCACCCCCUCCCCCCACAACACCCCACCUCCCCGGGGCCCGGUGUCAACGUUUGAGUGGGUGCGCGGCCGGGUGCCCAUGGAUGUGAACAGCACGCGUGGACCCCUCGCCAGCCGCCCCUCCCUCGGAUGUGCCCCCCACCAACCAUGUUGCCAUCGUGCAGCUAUUUACGCAGGCUUAACGAGCGCCGCCUGCUUGCUUAGCUGCAUCGCCUCACCGCUGGUUUACGGUCUCCGGCCGAGAUUAAACGAUCAGGAUUCGUCCACUCUCUUGCGCGGGCACUCCCGGCUGCUGUGUUCUGUGUAGCAUCUGUCAAGGCUCGACCGUCUUGCGCGAAAGACUCUGGCCUAUUUUCUCUGGCUCUCUAUCCAAACUGUUCAGUUUUAUAUAGUUGCGUCACCCCUGGCAACAGCAAACGUGGGAAGUUCACUGCCAUAGAAGUCCAUAGAAUGCGGCUCCACUGUAAUUUUCACAGCUGUUUUGUAACUGUAAUGUACGCACGCGCAACCCCAACCACAAACGUCCUUCUCGUUUCGGUCACCGCGCGCUGUGAUGGACUGCACCUCCGCCUUCGGCAUCUGUUGGGAUACCGCGCUGUGAUGUCGGAGAGAGCCGGAGUUGGUGCAAUUCCUCCCCACUGCGCUUGAGUGUGGCGUCGAAAGGUUUGUUCCGACAAGCAGAUGCGUUUUGAGGGCGCACUGGUGGCCUCGGAGGAGGCAUGCUGAGGUGCGGCGCUGCCCAAGGUGUGUUCCUGUGCCUCACCUUCCUUCUAGGCCAAAACCGAAGAAAACCCUUUUUAAAAUUUAUGACCAAAAGUUCUGGUAUUGUAUUGCAUUGUAUUUAUCUAAAGAAAUUUGCUUCUUUGAAAGCAUUAGGCUCCAGGCCAGGUUUAAGGACUGGAGUUCAGUUCAGCUGAGAUACAGUUUCAUAAAACCAUUCUGUAAAAGAGCUUCUUAACAGAGUAGCAGAUCAUACUGGGAGCUUGUGGUUUUGGGAGGCUGUGUUUCAGCAAGGGAAAGGUGCAAAGUGCAAGGUCCUUUGUUCUGCUCGUCCAGAGAUGACAAGAAUUCACAGAGGGAGACUCCCCUCCCUGCACAAUUUAACGUUGUCCUGGUUGUAACAUUUAACUCCAUUCAGCUCAAAGACAGCUAAGCAUUCCGCUGAUGAGGAAAUGAAGCGGAAAACGAGAGGAAAAUGCCAAACGGUGCAGUGGUGCGCCGGGAUUGGGACAGGGGGGCCUGGAUGUAGCAGAAUGAAUAUGAGUGUAGAUACAAGAAGCAGCCUGAAGACAUUUCUCUGCAAGUGAUGGCUUUCAUGAAACAUUUUGUGAUACAGGAUUGGUUUGGUCUUUGUUUUAUAGACGAAAGCAGUGAGAAAUUAUAAAUAUCCUGUAUUUACAUGUCUGGGAUCAUUUUACCCAUCUGGGAUAGUUGGUUUAAAAUACUUGGCUUUAUGGAACCAAGAUUCAGUUACAAGCUGUGAUAUCAUGUAUUAUUUGUGCAAUGUAGUUUUAUAUCAUUACAAGUAGCAUUGCCUUAAAUACUGUUUAUGGUUCAUUGUACAAAAAGAUCAAUAAAAACAAAUCAAUCCCUGAUGUUUUAAAAGUACUGAAAUAUGGACUUUUAGUAUUGCUUGUGACAUUGUGGACACGUGUGGACUCUUCACAAGCAGAUAUUUGGAAGAAGUCAUUAAACAUUCUACAUGGAAACAAA